AUGGGGCCCCGGGCCCGGUCGCCAUCCGUGUGCCGCAGGCGCCCACAUCGGCCGGCCCCCUUCUGUGGUGUCGGCUGGGCCCGUCAACCCCCCGCCGAAAUGCCUUCCCCACAAACGUCCCUGAUUCGACCCGUUGCCCCAAAGCAGUGCAAAGCGCGCCCCCCCGUUUCUCCGCCCCGCCUGUCCGCCUGCCCGCCUGCCCGUCUUGCCCUUCCGCCCCCCCGGCCCCCGCCGAGAGCCGCACAGCCGUGGCCUUGGGCGGCGCCGAGGAUCCGAUCGCCGCCGAUUUGGCCAGAGUCGGCUGAUUUGUUUGAAUUUGGCUCGAGCGGAGGAGCGGCGCGCGUUAGGCGGCGAUCCCCCCUCCCGUGCGGUCGCCCGUCGAUGCUGAACUUCCUGCUGGGCUUGCUCGGCCUCAGGGGCGCCCGGUCCACCGAGCCGGAGGUGGCGGACUUCUGCGCACUGUUCUCCCGCCUGCUCACCAUGCCUUCCCAGACCUGCAAGAGCGAGGCGUACAACCCGUCGGAGUUCUACAGCGACUGCCUGGUGCCACUCGAUGGCAACCUCGCGGCGGCCAGGCGCGGCGCCCGCCGGCGCACAGCGAUCGACCUCGCGAGGUCCAGGCCGUCGCUGGAGCUCGCCAAGGCGGCGGAGGCCUCCCGGGCGGCCAGCGCGGGGCCCAUCGACGCAUACGCCAACAUGACGACUCUCCAGAAGGGCAGGCUGUCCAAGAUUGUUCGAGCCCUCCACACGAGCAGCGGCGAGAAGGUCGUUCUCAAGAUAUACGAUAGGAGCCGUCUGACCGAGGUCCAGGCGGACGACCUUGCCAAGGAGAUCGACAUCCUGGGCCAGAUCAAGGGGUACAAUGGAGUCAUUGAGCUGAAGAAAACAUUCGUCGAUGACUAUUUCAGGACGGUCGUCCUGUGUGACUGCUCUGGAGGAAACCUGCUGGACCGUCUUGCUGCCACAGGUGGUAGGAUGGCAGAAGAAAUGUGUGUGCGACAGGUCGUCAAACCGUUGGUGGACACUUUGGCUUGGCUGCAUGGGAAUGAUAUCGUCCAUAGGGACAUCAAGCCAGAGCACAUCCUGUUUGACGGACAGGGCAAUGCGCGACUCACAGACUUCUUCUCUGCUGCCGUCAUUGGCAAGACAGCUAUGGUGGGCCGCGAGGGCACGCUGGCGUACAUGGCCCCCGAGGUGGUCACCAAGCCCACAGACGAUGAGAUCUUUCAUGAGGUCAUCGACAAUGGCAUCUCCGAGACGGACCUGCCAUCGUAUGAUGAGAAGGUGGACGUGUGGUCCCUUGGGGUGGUCGUGGUGGAGAUCCUGACCGGCCACCAGCCCUUCCUCGCUGACACCCCAGAGCAGAUGGCCACGGUGCAGAAGCAGGAGCUGCAGGGCGAUCGGUGGGGCGGCGUCCUCGACUUCGUGCGCGAUCAGGAGUUCCUGUCGCUACCGGGCCAGGAUUUCCUGUCCUCCAUCCUGAGGAUCGACCCCAAGGACAGGCCCAGAGCCAGGGACCUGCAGUCACACCCAUGGCUCGACAUCACAGGCAGCGACGAUGGUAGCUAUCAGCUGAGUUGA